AUGUUAAUAGACCCACUGAAUACGUUGCAACAACGAUUAAAGGAGCUGGAAGUUGAAAAUGCCAUUGUCAACUCCAAAUUGUCGAAAAUCCAAUUGGAGGAACACGUGCUGCAGCAGAAGCACACUUAUCUGAAGGAGCAGAAUGUGAAGCUCAAAAAGGCUUUGGAUAAAGCACUUUUCGAACUACGCUCCGAAGUUUCAGAGGCUAUUUCGGCCGAACUUACCGGUGACAAGCACGGUGACGGUUUAAUUAAAGAAGAUAAACGAGAGGGGUGUCCUCAAAGGAGGCAGACCAUUUGCUUGCCAGUUGCUACAAACACCUCAGUAACCAUCAAUUCGUUAGGGCUGAACAUCUUACAAAAUGAGACAAUCAUUGAAAAAGUUAAAAAGAAAAUAGAUUUCAGUGAAGUAUUGAGCUGCAAGGAUGAUCAAAUUAAAUUAAUGGGCAUGUUGGGGAAGAUGUUUCAAGUUAUUGACACAAUUCAAAACGACAUAACUCUUCUAGAUACCUCUAAAUCUAAUAAUCUAAAUGAAGGGGAAAUGCAGAUUGUACAAUCGAAUUUUUUAAAAAAAGACCGAAGCUGUUUGAACGAAAAUGUUAUCCUUGCUGAAUAUUUGAGGAAAAUGAACGAGAUGAUUUUGAGGAGUGAAGCACAUAAGCGCUACUUGCAGGACGAAGUGAAUUUGUGUAGACAACAAAUGAGAAAAUCUAUUAAAAACUUUGGAAUUUUGGAAGAAAGUAACAAAAGUUAUUUGGCUACUAUAACUUCGUUGGAAAAGGAAAACCUUGAAUUGAGGAAAACCAUUGUUACGCUCAAGAAUGAUAAUAAUGUUUUAAAAAAGUCGACUGAAUUUAAGGUGCUUUCUAAACUACAACAAGAUCGUUUAAAUUUGAAAAAAACUGUAGCUAAUCAAGAAAGAGGACUUGCACGCAUGAAAUCAGUGAUUAGUAAGUCUCAGUCGUAUAUUUCUGAGUUGAAAUCUCAAAAAGGGGAGAACAUGAAGUUGUUAAUCAAAUGCUCAGACUACAACAAACAAUUAAAGGACUUCAAUUUCCACUACAACAUCGUUCUCCAAAAUUACAUGAAAUAUAGCAAGGCAAUACAAAAAACGAAGAGGAAGUUACUAUCACUGGAGGAUCAGAACAACAAUCUAAAGAAAGAACUCAAAAACGCCCUUGAACAAUUGCUAAAAGAAGACAAUGAAAUACUACAAAUGCAAAUAAGUGGAAACUCCAAAAACGACGACUUGAUUAACGAAAUUCUCCGAGAGGUCGACUUGUUCAAAAAGAAGAACGAAGAACUGACAAGCAAGCUGGAAAAAACCAAACAAAUCAUUGAACCCCACACCACUUUUAGGAAAUGCUCUGAAGUAUAUAAAACCAAACUGUCGAACCUUCAAACAAGAUACUACCAAUUUUUAUUUACUAUCAAAAACACAGUGAAAUUUGUAAAUGUGGGGCAAAAUCAAGAAUUAAUCCGACUCGUCCUAAAGAUACAAAAAAUCCUGGACAUCUUUUGCAGAUACAGCAACUUCCAGGACGUGAAAAAGAUCAGAAGUCAACCAAAUCUGAUCAUUAUUUAA